AUGAGCUUAUCACUUACUGGACAAAAAAAUUUUGUCUUUAAGAAUUGGGCUGGGAUAUACUCAUGUAAACCACAAUUAUACUUUCAACCUUAUGAUGUUGAUGAAGUGGUUCAAAUUGUCAAUGAUGCUCGAUCUCAGAAAAAAACCGUUGUUACUGUAGGUUCAGGCCAUUCUCCUAGUAAUAUGUGUAUUACUGAUGAAUGGUUAAUGAAUUUAGAUAAUAUAAACGAAGUAUUGAAAUUUGAAGAAAACAUAGAACAACAUUAUGCAGACAUCACUGUAGAUGCUGGUAUCAGAGUUUAUCAAGUCAAUGAAUGGUUGGCUAAAAAGGGAUAUGCUAUUCAAAACUUAGGUUCUAUUUCUGAACAAAGUGUUGCGGGUAUUAUUUCUACAGGUACACACGGUUCUUCUCCAUUCCAUGGUUUAGUCUCUUCAAAUUUUGUAAACUUGACAAUAGUCAAUGGUAAAGGUGAAAUCUUAUUUCUAGAUUCUGAGAAUAAUCCAGAAAUUUUUAAAGCUGCAUUAUUAUCAUUAGGUAAAAUAGGUAUUAUAGUUAAAGCUACCAUUCGUGUAGUGCCGGCUUUUAAUAUCAGAUCAACUCAAGAAGUUUUGAACUUCGAUACUUUAUUGGAAAAAUGGGAUACCUUAUGGACUUCCUGUGAAUUUGUCAGAGUUUGGUGGUAUCCUUAUUGCAGAAAAUGUAUUUUAUGGAGAGGUAUUAAAACUGAAGAAGAAGUAACUCCAGCCAGAAAGUCAUGGUGGGGUACUCGUCUAGGUAGAUUUUUCUAUGAAUUCCUUCUAUACGUUUCAGUAAGAAUCUACCCAAGAUUAACUCCUUUCAUUGAAGAAUUUGUAUUCAACAGACAAUACGGUAAAGUCGAGACUUUUGGUAAUGGUGACAAAGCAAUUUCUACCUCUGUAGAAGGUUUGAACAUGGAUUGUUUAUUCUCUCAAUUUGUUGAUGAAUGGGGUUGUCCGUUAGAAAACGGUCCUGAAAUUUUACGUUCCUUAGAUCAUUCUAUUUCUCAAGCUGCUUCCAAUAAUGAAUUUUUUGUUCACGUCCCAAUCGAGGUUCGUUGUUCCAACACUACCUUACCUAAUGAGCCAUUGGAUUAUUCAUCAAGAACUGCAACAAGUCCAGGACCUGUAUAUGGUAACAUAAUCCGUCCAUACUUGGAUAACACACCAUCUCAAUGUAGAUACGUCCCAUUAUCCGAUGUAACUAACAGUCAAUUGACUCUUUACAUCAAUGCUACCAUCUACAGACCAUUCCAUUAUAAUACACCAAUACAAAGAUGGUUUACCUUAUUUGAAGAGACCAUGGAUGCCGCUGGUGGUAAACCUCAUUGGGCCAAGAAUUUCCUAGGAUCUACAAGAUAUUCUAACGGAAUUGUCAAGGAAGAAGCUCAAUAUGAUGAUUUUGAAAUGAGAGGUAUGGCCAAGAGAGUACAAGAAUGGUACGGUGACGAUUUAAUCGAAUUCAGAAAAGUCAGAAGGGAACAGGACCCUGAAAACAUUUUCCUAUCAAAUAAAGAAUGGGCUUUGAUCAACGGUAUCGUUGAUCAAAAGGAAUUAUAA